UCUCCACGUGAUUUAGGAGGCCCCGCCCCUUCGCCCACGGCGCGCAUGUGCAGGCCGCGUCAGUGAUGGAGGAGAGAAGAUGGCGGAAGCGGAAUUUAAGGAGCUACAUAAUAGUAUGGAUAAUGAAGCAAACCCAGGAACAUCCUCCAUGUCUACAACUCCUAGCAGUACUGCCAUCACCACUACCAGCACUUCCUCCUCAAGAACACCACAACCACAAAUCUCUGUAUAUAGUGGCUCUGACCGACAUUCUGUUCAGGUCAUUCAACAGACUCUGCACCGGCCCUCCAGCUCUGCGGCACAGUAUCUGCAACAGAUGUACGCCGCCCAGCAGCAGCACCUGAUGCUGCACACAGCUGCACUGCAGCAGCAGCACCACCUGAGCAGCUCCCAGCUCCAGAGCCUGGCCGCUGUGCAGGCAAGUCUGUCCAGUGGGAGGCCAUCUACAUCCCCUACAGGGAGUGUCACACAACAGUCAAGCAUGUCCCAGACAUCUAUCAACCUCUCUACUUCUCCUACACCUGCGCAAUUAAUAAGCCGUUCCCAGGCUUCCAGUACUACCAGCAGCAGUAUUACCCAACAGACUAUGUUACUAGGGAGUACAUCUCCUACCUUAACGGCAAGCCAAGCUCAAAUGUAUCUACGAGCUCAAAUGCUGAUUUUCACACCUGCUACUACUGUGGCUGCUGUACAGUCUGACAUUCCUGUUGUCUCGUCAUCAUCGUCAUCCUCCUGUCAGUCGGCAGCUACUCAGGUUCAGAAUUUAACAUUACGCAGCCAGAAGUUGGGUGUAUUAUCUAGUUCUCAGAAUGGUCCACCAAAAAGCAGUAGUCAAGCUCAGUCAUUGACCAUUUGUCAUAAUAAAACAACAGUAACCAGUUCUAAAACCAGUCAACGAGAUGCUUCUCCAGAAAGUCAUAAGAAAGGAGAGAGCCCGAGUUUGGAAUCUCGAAGUACAGCAGUUACACGGACAUCAAGCAUCCACCAAUUAAUAGCUCCAGCUUCAUAUUCUCCAAUUCAGCCUCAUUCUCUAAUAAAACAUCAGCAGAUUCCUCUUCAUUCACCACCUUCCAAGGUGUCCCAUCAUCAGCUGAUACUGCAACAGCAACAGCAGCAAGUCCAGCCACUGACCCUUCAGAGCCCGAGUCAAGACCCCCCAGCUUCCCAGCACUGUAUCCCUGUCCAAAGCCACGGCCUUCCCGCAGCGCCAAGCGGCUCCCAAGCCCCACACUGCUCGCCCCUCCAGAGCCACCCACCACCUCUCACAGCGUCUCCCCCCCAGGCCCAGGUGGCACAGCAGUCGGUCGUGGUGUCCCCCCCACCGCCGCACUCUCCCAGCCCAUCUCCCACCAUCAUUCUCCAUCCGCAGGCACUUAUUCAGCCCCAUCCUCUCAUGUCCUCAGCUCUGCAGCAGCAGCCCCCCUCUGGCCAGGGGCAGCCAGCCGCCCAGCCUCUGACUCUUCCAUCUCACCUCCCACUUCCAGCAUCCCCUGUUGUGCACCUGGGGGCUGUCCAGCAGCCAUCCCUGGUGUCCCCGGGGCCACAGAUGGUGUCUCCUGUGGCGCACCAGCCCUACUCCGCCCUGCAGUCUCCUCCAAUCCCCCUCGCACCUCCUCCCCAGCUGUCGCCAUCUCCUCCGGCCCAGGUCCCGGCACUGCCCCUGCAGUCUGUGCAGCCCUUACAAGUGCAGCCUGACCUUCUGUCCCAGGGCCAGAUGCUGGUGCAAAAUGCUCUGGUGUCCGAAGAGGAGCUCCCUGCUGCCGAGGCCCUGGUCCAGCUGCCCUUCCAGGCGCUCCCCCCGCCCCAGACUGUCGCUGUCAACCUCCAGGUGCAGCCACCAGUCGCCGGAGAGCCACCAGUGGUUUACCAAGUAGAGGAUGUGUGUGAGGAAGAAAUGCCUGAAGAAUCAGAUGAAUGUGUCCGUAUGGACAGAACCCCACCACCACCUACUCUGUCUCCAGCAGCUAUAACUAUAGGCAGAGGAGAGGAUUUGUCUUCUGAACAUCCUUUGUUAGACCAAGUAGAGCUCCCUGCCAUGGCCUCAGUCAGCGCCUCUGUGAUUAAGUCUCCGACAGACCCUCCUCAUGCCUCCGUCCCUCCUCCUCCGCUGUUGCUUCCAGCCGCUGCCACAAGGACUAACAGCACAUCUCUGCCCAGCAGUGUGCCCAACAUGGAGAACAAGCCUCCACAGGCUAUUGUUAAGCCACAGAUCUUGACUCAUGUUAUUGAGGGCUUUGUGAUUCAAGAGGGCUUGGAGCCAUUCCCUGUAAGUCGUUCAUCUCUGUUGGUAGAACAGCCUGUGAAAAAAAGGCCCCUUUUGGAUAGCCCAGUCCUGAGUGGCAUGUGUGUUCAAGCAGAGCUCCAGAAUACUACAAAGCAUGCUGAUAAUUCAUCAGAUACUGAGAUGGAAGAAAUAGCUCCUGAAGAGGGAUUAGAGGAAAUGGACAGUGAGUUGCUCAAGUGUGAAUUUUGUGGGAAGAUGGGAUAUGCUAAUGAGUUCCUACGUUCAAAACGAUUCUGCACUAUGUCAUGUGCCAAAAGGUACAAUGUUAGCUGUUCCAAGAAGUUUGCACUUAGUCGUUGGAAUCGGAAGCCUGAUAACCAGAGUGUCGGGCAUCGUGGCCGUCGUCCAAGUGGCCCUGAUGGGACGGCACGAGAACAUUUUCCUAGGCAGCUUCCACUUACUUAUCCAUCUGCAGAAGAAGGCUUGGCUCCUCACGAAGAGCCUGUGCCGACUGCAAUGACCACUCGCUUGCGCAGGCAGAGUGAGCGGGAGAGAGAGCGCGAGCUCCGGGAAGGCCGGCUCCGAAAGAUGACCGACAGCAGUGACUUGCUCCCAGCGGUGCAGACAGAGCCAUCCAUAUGGACAGUCGAUGAAGUAUGGGCCUUCAUCCACUCUCUGCCUGGUUGUCAAGACAUUGCAGAUGAAUUCAGAGCACAGGAGAUUGAUGGACAAGCACUUCUCUUAUUAAAAGAGGACCACCUUAUGAGUGCAAUGAAUAUCAAAUUGGGCCCUGCCUUGAAAAUCUGUGCACGGAUCAAUUCACUGAAAGAAUCCUAAUAGGAAUGUGAGGUUUUUGAGAUGAUAGUUUUACUUUUCUCAGAUUUAUAGUCAUAAGCUAAUUUGCUUAGCAGGUUACUGUUACUGCAGUGUUUGGCAAAGCUGAUUAAAAUCCCUUUCUCAGCAUUCAUACCCUUUCCUCCAGGUACAGGAACCCACCAAAGCUUCCAAUAAGGCAACAUUCCUGAAAAAACCUUAUAGCUUGCUGAAGUGCAGAUCCCACUGAGAAUGGAGCAAAGAAAAGGAGUCCACACAGACACUCUUCUACAGUAUAGAAUAUGUUGGGGAAGACACAUGGAUGUUUGUCAUUAGAAUGAAUCCUUUUAAAGUAAUAUCAUGAUUGAAGUAAGUCCUCUUCAAAUUUCCUUCCUACUUGCUUCUCUUGUACCUGACUUGGAAGCUUUGCCUCAAAGGAAAGUUUCCGUUUACAGAAGAACUUGACUACAGAGACAAUAGAAGUAUUAAAAAAUGGUGUAAUAGAACAUUCAUUCUGAGUUUUCCAGACUUGCUGAACAUGUCUUUGAGAAGGACAUUUUAUUUUCCAGAGGAUUAUUGUCUAACAGGGAUAGAACAUUGUAAUGGAAGUCAGGAGACUUGAUUUCUCUUCUUGACUCCACCACUGACAUACUCUGAAUGAGAAGAGUCAUUUCUCCCUAGUGUUAUCUAAACAAAAUGAAGCUAAGAUACUUGCCCUCAACUAAAGAGAUGCUUUGAAAGCACAGGAGAGAUAGCAUGUAGAAUGUGCUUUAAAUUGCUCAGAAAAAAAGAAAGCCACCAACUUCAAGACAAUUAUAUUAGUUAAAUAAUAGAAAAACUGUAUAGAAUUUUUUUACAUUUUAUGCAUAGUAGAAAAUGGAAGUUUCCCAUUCUGUUCUGUAAAAAAUAGAGCUGUUGAUACCCCAUUGGAACAACACCUCACACCUAGAGAACCCUGGGCUUUAGGCAUUUCUCUGUGCCCUGAUGAAGGUGUAACAUUCUUAAGCUUUAUGAACUGGUGCACAAGCUCUGCCAGGCAGGCAGGCAGGGACCAGUGUGGCUGAGGGUUCUCAUUGCUUUGGGGAUGUUUUUAGCAGAGCACCCUGUUGGUCCUGGGAAGAAUGGAACUUAAGCCUUCUUUAGUAGUUGACCAAAUAUUUGCCAGGUACCAGAUAGUAGCCUGUAUGUCCCCAGCUUUUCAUUGGAGUGCAAUGAACUACUCUUGAGUGCCACAGGAAUAAAAUGUAUUUUAAAAAUUCACAUGUCCCCAGAUUUAGAAAGUUAGGAUGCUACAGCGUUACAGACAGUAAUGCAAAUUCAGUUUUAUAAUAACAAAUAGCUAGAAUUUAUAGGAAAUAAGGGAUGGACACACACACAGACACAUGCACCUCUUUCUGAGCAUCACAAAAAUUUUAAAAUAAUGGAAGAUUUUAAAAUUUUGAUCAUCUGAUUUUCAGGGGAAAAGUACCAUUGGUUGAUUUUCUUAUUCUCCCUCAUUGUAAGGAAACAGACAGCCCAUCCCCAUUGCCUAUGACUAAUCAUAUGGCUCAUUUGAAGGAGCACAUGCAGGUAUCCAGCAUAUUUUAGUGGACUAGAGAGAAUGAAUCCAUAGGUUUCAGUUGGUUCCAUUGCUCUUUUCAGAAAGAUUACUUUAAACUAGCAUAAGACUAAAGAUAUCACAGAUAUUUAUCUUUUGGCUUUAUGUACCUUAGAGAAGGUUAUUUUUAUACAAAAAUACAGAAGAUAAUUUUUUAAGUCUUUUAGACAUUCUUGUUCAAAUGAAUGAUUUGUUGAUUCUUUUAUGUUGUCACGUUUUAGAAAAAAAUUCUUACUGAUAGUUAUCUUUAUCUAAGGAUAGAAGGGCUUGCCUUCUAGGCUUACAGUAGUUUAUAAUAGAUGGACACACCUGUUUUGUCUUAUCAAACCUUUAGUUAGUGAACAUUUGAAGGGAAACACUUAGAUAAUCUCAUUUAUGCUUAGUGGUAGGAGCAGAAACCCAAAAAUCUGGAGUCUGUAGAAAGUUGUAUAUUUGGCUUUGAAGUGCUGCUCCAUUCCCCUUCCCUCACUCCCUCCCCAUCCAGUAGAUUACCUGAGUGCAUAGAAGAGUGGGGAGAAGUGAAGCAGGUGUGAUAGGGGUCAGAAAAAACCCGACUCAAACACUAAAAGGAGGCUGACUACUUCUACCAUAGCUUAUUGUCCUCUGUUCCUGUUUGAGAUGGUUUAGGCAUCAGCUGGAUGGUCUUUAGCCUUGGAACAGUGAAAGAUGGCUCUUGGAGGACACAUUGCUGAUCCAUGUUGAAAUUACAGGGGAGUUGAAGAUGUCUAGUGGCUUUGAUAAUUCUACAGUGUUUUCUUCAGUAACCAUCAACAAGUGUUAUCCAGAGGCCUCACUGAGCCCUUUGUUUCAGGUAUACUGGAGCAUAAAAAACCCAUUACCUACUUAACUCCUUACAGAUUUCCCUUUUCUCACAAAACAAAACCAAAAACUUCAACAUAAAACCACAUGCCUUUUAAAACAAAUUUCAUUGAGAAUUGACUCAUUUGCUUUCAACAAAUACUUUCUUCCUGAAUGAUUUAGCCAUUUUAACUUCCAUAGCUUCAGAUCUACAUCAUAUAUAGAAAACACAAAAGAUAUUUUUGCCUUCUUUCAUCUCAUUAAAUGAUUGUAGCAAUCUAAUUUUGAAUUGGUUCUGUAGAUAAGUAAUUUUCUACUAUCUCAGAGUACUACCUGUCUCUGGAUUUUUAAUGGUACAGGUGGGUUCCUCAAGGACAAAUAUUUCUUUCAAUUCCUUGCACUCACCUCUCCCCUAAAAAGUAAUGUGAACUUUUGCUUAAUUUACAGCUAGGAAUUGUUCUUAAGGAAGAAGAAAUAAUUUGUUUAAAUACUGGUUUCCUCUAUAAAAUGAAUUAAAUUUCCAUUUAAGAUGUGUCUAUGCAGGUGUGUAGGACAGCACAAGGUGGAAAGGUUUUUUGGCCACCAACCUGCCACCAUGGGAUGGUGCUUGCCCUCAGGCAUGGCUGAUACUGGGGGCAGAGGAGUUAGUGAUGUUCACAUCACAAAGAACAAGGGGACACGUAUCAGGUCUCUGCACUGUGCAGUGCUUGUGUCCCACCUGCCUCAAAUGCAAAGGGUGUUGUUCCCGAGUUUAUUUUCAGCUUCUCCUGGAGACUGAAACAGUAGCGCAGCUUGGAAAGGGUUGUGGCAAGGACGCACUUGAAUGGUUUUUGAUACAUCGAUUCUCUGACAUCAUCAUUGCCUCCUAUUCCACAGGUACAGUGUCCUAGUGCUGUACUCUUUUGCAUGUGGUCAAAUAUAGUAAAAAUCUAAUAGUGCCAAAGGGAAAAGUAUGGGGGAAGAACUGAUCAGAUGCCUGCCUUGCCACAGACCAGCUCAGGACUGCCCCAGUGUAGAAAGCUGGCCACAUCUUCCGAGAAUGUCAGGCAGCUCCUGACAUGACAAGAUGGAUGGACUCGUCACUCUCUGCUGCUUAAGAGGGAGGGGCCAGAGACGUAAGCCCUAGGCGGGCUCUUUUCACGGAAGGGUUGUUAAAUGGGGAGAAGAAAGCCCACCUGUCAGUGAGCUCCUGGAAAGGGCUGGCAGCUUCUCACUCACAUUUCACAUUCCGGAAUUUUAUUUCUUACAAAACACCCCUAAAGAAAUGAUUUUGUAAAAGGAACUUGAGACUGUCGGAUGUGACAGGAAGCCCCCAGUGAACUCUGGGCAAAGGGUAGACAUUUCCACUUAAGCAAACUGCUCCCUCUUGUUUCUUAUACACCCUUUAUGUACUUGGGUCCUAGAGAAAGUUAGGGGCAAAACCCCUUUAGAUUAGAAAACUAGAGUACAACACCCAGAAUGCUAGACUUAAUGUUGGAUGGGGUCCCAGAGCCCUCCUGGACACUCGUCCUCCCUCUUCUCCAUCACUGGUGAGGACCCUCGAAGUGUGUCGGGGAUGCAGCCUCCAUUAGGCACCUCUAUCACUGUGGUCCAAGCCUCUGCACACUUAGGCUGGUUUCUGAGCAACAUCUACACCUGCCCUCCAAGGGACCCAGUCACUUCCAGGUCUCAGUGUAGCUUGAGUCAGAACUGAAUGAAGGCAAAGGGAAGAUUUCUAAUUUAAUUUUACUAAGAGUCAUUGACCGAACAUUUAUUGGGGGAAAUGACUGAUUUUGCAGUAGAAGUGUUCUGAAAUCCAGAGAUUAAUUUUUGCAAUUUUGAAUCUGCCAAAGCUUGAAAAUUUAGUUUUAAGUGAUCUCACACAAAGAGGCAUUGUUUCAGGUUCUAGAAUGAGAUUUUUGAUGCUGAGUUGUGACUGUAUCUGUGAAGUAAUAAGCUAAAAUGACCCAAAUGCUCCCAGUAUUUUGAUAAACAAAUUCUCUUGAUUUUUCAAAGAACUUACUCAAUUUAGGAAAUGCAUAGUCAGACCUGCAACAUUUAGUGAUUUAAGUAUUUGGUAAGUGCCUGCUUUUGAGUACCUCUUCAUAAAGAUAUUUUUGGGAUUUUUUUCUUAAAUAACCCUUACCUUCCGUCUUGGAAUCAAUAUUGUGUAUUGGUUCCAAGGCAGAAGAGUGGUAAGGGCUAGGCAAUGGGGGUCAAGUGACUUGCCCAGGGUCACACAGCUGGGAAGUGUCUGAGUCCAGAUUUGAACCCAGGACCUCCUGUCUUUAGGCCUGGCUCUCAAUCUGCUGAGCUACCCAGCUGCCCCCUAAAGAUGGUUUUUUUUUUAAUUGGUAAAGACAUAGUAUUUAGGCCUUUAGAGUUUAACCAGACUGCUAAGAGAGGCCCAGUCUAUAAGAAAAGUCUUUCAUUCCAUUUGAUUCCACCCCCCAGGGAAUAGGAUUCUUGUUGCUAAAAUUAGCUCUGUUUUCUUCCCAGGGAGCAGCUGCCCAUAUGAGUUGCAGUUUUGAGGCACUUUGCAGUAAAACUGGUCUUAGUUGUACUAUUUUGUGUUUAAAAAGUUUUUCAUUAUGGUUCUUGUGUGGUUUUCAGUAAGUGUCAUCUUACACUGGAGAAACAGAUUUGUGAAUUCUUGUUUUGUCUUUUCUGAGCUUUUGAGAAAUACACAUCCUUCCACUCCUUAAUGCAAAUUUUGUGCAAAUCAGUGGAGGCAGUUAAACAUUACAAAAUCUCACAAAUCUCUACUUGCAGGUGAAGGUUGAUUUUGCAAAAUUAAUGUGUUUAAUUGCCUCCACUGAUUAUUCCUUAAACAUGUUCUAGAAGACAUUUAAUAGGAGUGGGAGGCAGGAGGAGCCAUGAAAAAAAUGGAGACAUCAAAAAGGGAUUUUGCUUCAGAAUAAUACUUUCCCUUACUAACAUCUUGGCUUUUUUGGAAUACCUUUUAAAAAAGGUAUAGCUGUUAUUUUUCCAGAGAAAAGUAUGCUGUUUGUAUAAAUCAAGCUUUAAGUGGCUGUGCUGGGGAGUUUAAAAUGUUAAAAAGCAGCAGACUAGAAACAUUUAAGUUUUAAAAAUAAAGGUAAAAUGAGUUUAACUGCAUAGCAUUAUAUGGAUACCAUAUAAACUAUGUUGCUUCUAAAUAUGUGUAUAUACACACACAGACACUCAUAAAAAUGCAGUUUAGUGAGGUUCAUAAUGAUCUCCUGUUUAAGAUGAUUUAUAAGAUAUAUAUAGUUAAAAUGGCUUAUUGGCUCAAAAACUGCUUUAUACAUAUUGAAUCCAUAGAUUUUUAUCAGAUUUUUAAAUCAAAUGAAAUUAAAAAUAUCAUGGCUUUUACUAAAAUGUGUCAAAUUUACUCCAGUUUUCAUGUUUGCAUCUGGAAGAAGAAUGUUGCAGUUUAAGUGUAGUGUCCACUUGUUUUAAUUGUUGAUCAACAUUUUUAAAAAAUGAUCUUUUCCCUUUUUUAAAAAAAUAUUUUUAGGCAUUCUAAAUUGUAGCCAAAUAAUUUCCUUAAAUCUGUUCAUGCUGGUAACAUUAAUGAAUAGAGAUCUUUUUAGACUGGGUAUGGGUCUUUACAGUGGCAUAUUUUGUAAAUCCUGUUAUCAACGUUUUUUAAUGGUUGGUAGGUAGGUGGGAGGGUUUUUCUGGUAUCCAUAUUUUGUAUCAGACAUGACUUACACUCCAAAGUUGUUAUUCUCCAUGCUAACAAAGAUUCACCCAAACAUUUACAGACAAGUUCCUGAGGUCAUUUUCUCAAAUGCCAUAUGUACUUUGAGCUGAAUAAUGCAGACAUUGCCACAAAUAUGUUAUCAUGGCAGCUGAUAAUUUAUACUUGCUCAGAGGGUUCAAGGAGUAUAAGAAGUCUGUGGUUGCCAGAUAGCCUUGAAGUUAGAGAAGUUUAAGAACUGUGUGGAGAUGAAAAGGAAAGACAAUGGCAUGUUCUCAGUUGGGUGAUAUUUAGCUUCUUUUCUGUUGCUGUUUCUGACCUUUCAUCUGCCAGAUGAAUUUUGUUAAGUCUUGUGCUGGUAACACUUUUUCUGAAUUCUUUUUUUCCUGUUUCCACUCCAUUAUUGUUGUUUCUUUUUGGCCUUUUUCUUCCAUGAGUUGGUAUUUUCAGGCUUUAUUGUGGUCUCAGUUUUGGUGAGUCUUUCCAUUAUUUCUGCCGGAGGUUUUUUGUUUGGGGCAUCAUGUGAUUCAAAUCUCCCACAUGGUAUUGGGUCCUUCUACUAAUUUUCUUGCCAAUUUUAACUCCUGCAUUAAAUAUUUAAAUGUGUCAAUGAUCGAUUUGAGCAUAUAGGGAUAUUUUUAAGUUGUUUGCUUCUGUACAUACAUUUCUUCCAUUUCAUCAUUAUCUUUUUGAUGUGCUUUAAUUUUGAGAUUCUCUAAAGUUUUUCUUUUGAAUUUAUACUGAGGGGUGUUGUGAGAAGCCUUGACUUCCUGCAACCUUUUGCUCUGCCAUCUUCCUGGCCAUCUCUAUCCUAAAAAGUAUUAAGCAGCAAUGCAAGUAUAUUUGUUUGUUGUAUCUUAGUUGCAGUUUCCCUGUAUGUAUUUAGCAUCUCAAAAUAGUCUUGUGGACUCCCCAUAAGAGGGAAACUAUGGAAACUGCUUUACUGAGCAUGUGAUGGGCAUUCCCAAGGAUCCAGCAGAGGGAGGUUGUCUGCACCUGCAUAAGGAGAAAAUUAAAAGAAGUGAUGCCAGGAGGGAAACUUGGGGCACUCUGACCACCAGGUAGGCAUUCUCCAGGGGUCAGUGUGUGGCUGGUAGAUAGGACUGAACUCAUUUUGAGGUCACUAUUAGAGUAUUUGACCAUUCUCAAGUGUUAUAACAGUCUAUAUGAGGUGACAGAACCAAGGGGCUUGAGUUAGAGAAAUAGAAUUUAACGAAAAGAUUCCGUACUUAGGCAGAAUUAUCAUUUUGGCAUGAAAGCUUUUUAUCACUUGUAAUUUUAAAAAUAAUUAAGUGUGCUUCAUUCUUGGUAUCGACACAAGUAACUUUAACAAACCUAAAAAAGAAUCUCAAAGGCUUUUGACAGGUUGUUUUAUUGUAUUUGAGUCAAGAUAUAAAAUAUGAAAUGGAUGAAGCUGUAUUGGAACAUUGAAAGUUGUUUUAAAAUACCUGAUUUUUUCCCCCCAUUAUCCCAUAAAGGUCCCUUCAGGAAAACAGGAGUGUCAGCUACCAAAAUUGGCUUGACAAACUCCAGGGCUUCUCAUUCUCUCUGGUCCACCUCUCUCUCUGGAGAAGGCUAAAUCUAUCAACAUUUGUAUUAGACUAAAAUGUAAACUAAAUUUAUUUAAAGUAGAAGAAAUAAGCCUAAGUUUAAUGGGGGAGCCUUUUGCUUUUUAACCCUUACUUGGUGUGAAUAAGAAAUUAUCUUUAAAAGCUUCGAUUUAUAUAUACAUUUAUGGAUUGUUUUGGUAUAAUAUUUUAUACUAAAUGGUGCAUCACAACAUACUGAAUGAGAUAAUUUGGGGCUUUUUGGAAGUCUGCUGAGUUACAAUGACCCUGCAUAGGGUUUUUAAAUGUCCAAUUUGCAGCAUAUAUGAAUCAAGGUUAGAUUAGAUUUUCAACUUGCACAAAUGCUUGAUCCAUUUUCUUAAAAGCAAAAAAAUUAAAAAUUAUCCUCUUUUGUAAAGUGAAGUUUGUUAUCAUGGCAUUCGAUGUAAAGGGAGGAAACACAGAUGGUAGUGCCAAACGUUUUGAGCUUCAAACAGUAUAUUGCCUCAUUCGACACAUUUUACAACUCCAUUUAAAGCUAUUAUCGUGGAAGUUUCAAGCACAUUCUGAGCUAUUGUCCCUCCCCUUGUUUUAAAACAGGAUACUUAAUAGUAUAAAAGCCUCAUAGUAGGCUACGUGAUCCACCAAGGAUGAGCAAAGCAUCAUGAGGUGUAAAAUUAUCUAUUAAAACAAGACAUUUUAAUAUAUUUGCAAAAAAGCAAAUGUUAAAAUUAUAUGUAGAUGUAUUCUUUACCAUGUAUUGUAUUGGAAUAUUCUUUACCAGGAAAUGAAAUAGAUUUAGCAUUGCAUAGGAUAAUUAGAUUAGUGUCUAUAGCUCAACUUUUACAAUGUAUAACCUGAAAAUGAAGUUAAAAUAAUUUUACAGUAUCAGAGCACACCGUGAUCUAUGUAAAGCAGAUUAUGUCCAUUUGAUGUAUUUUUUUAAAGAAAAGGAGAAAAGCACUUUCAUAUUAACAAGUAGCAUGUGAAUGAACUUUAGAGUUUCAUAUUUGUUGUGGAUUGUAGCAAAAGUGAAGUAAAAAUUUAGCAUUCAUAUGUCUGUUGGUGGCAACACAACUAUUGAAUUGAAGCACCUUAUACUCUGCUGCUUAAACUUGCUUGUAAUUGCACCUUUUGGUACCUGCACAUUUUCAUAUAGAACAUUAUUGUAACAUUUUUCCUCACGUGGGUUUGGGUAGAGAUUUAGUGGGCCUACAAAAUCAUUUAUUUAUAUUGUUUAUAUUACAAUAAUAUAUUAUAGACGAGUUGUAAGUUCAUUGCUUCAGAAAUAAACGCUUCUUUCCAUUUG